AUUAAUCUAUCAACCAACACAUUACAAAUUGGAUCACAUCUUCUGUUGUAGAAAAAUGAGAACUCCAAGCUUUUCAAUAGCUUCAUUUCUUGCAAUCCUUUUCGUUCCCUUCUCAUGGGCAACUUCGUACGAAGGCUUUCUAAAUUGCCUUGAAGACAAUUCUCACCCCUCCUACCAAAACUCUUCAAUUAUCUACACCCGCGACGACCCUUCCUACUCUAGUGUUUUGCAUGCCUACAUUCGAAAUCUUCGAUUCAACGAAACCACUACGCCAAAACCGUUGCUUAUUAUAACCGCGCUGCAUUCAUCCCACAUCCAAGCAUCGAUCAUAUGCGCCAAACAAUACGGUCUUCAGAUGAAAAUCCGAAGUGGGGGCCACGACUUUGAGGGCAUCUCGUACUGGUCUGACAAUCCAUUUUUCAUCCUCGACUUGUUUAACCUUAGGGCAAUCAACGUAUCUAUCGAAACUGAGAGUGCUUGGGUUCAAACAGGGGCGACCUUGGGGGAGGUUUACUAUAGUAUUGCCGAAAAAAGCAAGACUCAUGGCUUUCCGGCCGGAGUUUGCCCUACAGUUGGUGUUGGUGGUCAUAUUAGUGGUGGUGGGUAUGGAAACAUGAUGAGGAAAUACGGUCUUACGGUUGACAAUGUCAUUGAUGCAGAGGUUAUCGAUGUUAAUGGACGGAUUUUAAAUCGGGAAGCUAUGGGGGAGGAUUUGUUUUGGGCAAUUACCGGCGGUGGAGCGUCUAGCUUUGUGGUGCUUCUUUCCUACAAAAUCAAAUUGGUGGCUGUGCCAGCCACGGUAACUGUUUUCAAUGUUACAAGGACGUUGGAGCAAAAUGCAAUCGAUUUAGUCUACCGCUGGCAACAUGUUGCUGAUAAGUUACAUGAAGACAUCUUCAUUAGACUCAUCGUACAAGUUAUUAAUGACAGCUCAAGCGGACAAAAGACCAUUCGAGCCACAUUCUUCUCCCUCUUCCUCGGAGAUUCAAGUCAACUUCUCUCCCUAAUGGAUGGCAGCUUCCCCGAAUUAGGUUUGAAAAAGUCCGAUUGUAUCGAGAUGAGUUGGCUCGAAUCGGUCGUCUACUACACUAGCUUGCCGAUCGGAACAUCGGUCAGCAUUCUCCUAAGCCGGAACCCUCAAACCGACUACCUAACCCAUUUGAAAUAUAAAUCUGACUAUCUAAAGAAACCAAUACCGAAGAAAGGGUUGGAAUACAUAUUCAAGAAAAUGCUCGAAUUGGAAGCUCCCAUUUUGGCUUUCAACCCUUACGGUGGGAAGAUGGCGGAGAUUUCUUCGUCAGCCAAACCCUUCCCCCACCGUAAGGGUAAUAUAUGUAAAAUCCAGUACUCUGCCAAUUGGGAUCUAGACGGGGUCGAGGCGGCAAAACAUUAUGUGGAUUUGGUCAGAAAGUUGCAUCAUUAUAUGACUCCGUUUGUGUCGAAAUCUCCGAGGGAGGCAUUUUGGAACUAUAGGGAUCUUGACUUGGGCAUCAACCGUAAUGGUGCCGAUAGCUAUACCCAAGGAGCUGCUUACGGAGUAAAGUAUUUCAAGGGGAAUUUCGACAGGUUGGCGAAGGUAAAGACCAAUGUCGAUCCGGCUAACUUCUUUCGGAAUGAGCAAAGCAUUCCAGUUCUUCCAUCACUUGGGAAGUGAAGAUCAAAUAUAUCAUGUUUGAUUAUAUAUGUGGAAUAGUGUGAUCAAGCUUUGUAUAUUUUUAUUUUUAUUUUAUUUUUUUGUAUAAUUUUCUUGAUCAUGGUGUUUGCUUUUCUGUAACAAUGAAAAAUAAAUUGCGUUUCCUUUGAAAUUGA